AUGACAACAAGAAGCUGUGGCGCGCGUACGCCCAUUGCGCGCUUCUCCAAGGGCGGCUUUUACGGCCAGGGCAUCUACCUCGCGGAGGACCCGUCCUACCCGAUCGGCGGCCGGUAUGCGCACCGCGUCUCCGGCUCGGGCGGGAGCCGCGUGCAGCUGCUCAUCGUGAAGGCCGCCCUCGGCUCGCAGCAAGAGAUGCAGCGCAUCAGCGCGGAGACGAGGGCGAUGCGGAUGCGGACCGUGCGCGGCGGGCCGCACCGCCCCUUCCUCUCCGGCGGAGGCGAGAACGGGUGCGACGCCUCCAUCGUGCACGUGGUGUACGAGUCGCGCCAGAUGUACCCGGCGUACGUGAUCGAGGUCGAGAUGGAGAUGGGGGCCGAGGUGGUGGCGGCCGUGCGGGCGAUGGGCGUGGCGGCGGCGGUGGCGGCGCUGCGGGCGCACGCGUCGGUCAGUCGCGUCGCGCUUGUGGCCUGCGGGCGGUUGGCUGAGCUGUGCUUAGAGGCGCAGAACAGGCAACCUGCGGCGGAUACGGGCGCGAUCGAGGCGAUCGUGGCGGCGCUGCAGGCUCACCCGCAGCGCGCAGCAGACGCGGGCGCGAUCGAGUUGGCUGUGGCGGCGCUGCAGGCGCACCCAGAGGUGGCGGGUGUGCAGGAGGAAUGCUGCCGGGUAGUGGGCAGCGUGUGCUUUGGCACCGACGCCGCAGGAAUCGCACGCAAACAGCGCGCAGCAGGCGCGGGCGCGAUGGAGUUGGUUGUGGCGGCGCUGCCGGCUCACCCGCAGGCGGUGGGUGUGCAGCAGUAUGGCUGCUGGGCGAUAGUCAACGUGUGCCACCGCACCCCCGGCGCAGGGCUCGCACGCAUCCAGCGCGCAGCAGACGCGGGCGGCAUCGAGGUGGCUGUGGCGGCGAUGCGAGCGCACCCGCAGGUGGCGCGCGUGCAGCAGUGUGGCUGCCAGGCGAUGGCCAGCAUGUGCUUCGGCACCGGCGCCGCAGCGCUCGCACGCAUCCAGCGCGCAGCAGACGCGGGCAGCAUCGAGGUGGCUGUGGCGGCGAUGCGAGCGCACCCGCAGGUGGCGCGCGUGCAGCAGUGUGGCUGCCAGGCGAUGGCCAGCAUGUGCUUCGGCACCGGCGCCGCAGCGCUCGCACGCAAGCAGCGCGCAGCAGACGCGGGCGGUAUCGAGGUGGCUGUGGCGGCGCUGCAGGCUCACCCGCAGCAUGCGUGCAUGCAGCAGACUGGCUGCGCGGUGCUGGUCAAUUUGUGCUUCGGCGGCGACGCCGCAGCGCUCGCACGCAGGCAGCGCGCUGUGAUUGCGGGCGCUCCCGAGGCAGUGGCGAUGGCUAUGCAGGAUCACCCGGGCGACGCAGCUGUCCAGAGCAAAGGGCAGAAGGGAUCCGGGCCGCGCGGACCAACAGAGCGCACCAUCAAGAGGAAGAACGCAUAG